CUCACUUUGCAUGUCAUAUUUAAAUUUUAAUCAGCCUCCUCCUAUUUUCUCUCUUCUUUUUAGUAGGCACAUUGGGUUUCUUGGCUAUGUCUAUACAACCUUCAUCCACCUCGACCGUUGAGAGAGAUGGACAAUCCAAGAAUUCCAGGAAACCCAAAUAUUCUAGAUUCACCCAGCAAGAACUUCCUGCGUGGCAACCGAUUCUAACACCAGGAUGGGUUAUUCUAAUAUUUACAGUUAUAGGAGUCAUCUUCAUCCCUAUUGGUCUUGCUUCAUUAUUUGCGUCGGAGCGUGUGGUGGAAGUUCCGUUCCGGUACGAUGAUCAAUGCCUUCCACCUGCUUAUAGAGACGAUGCAGUGGCAUACAUUAAAGAUGAUAGCUCUAGCAAAACUUGCAUAAAGAAAUUGACUGUUAAGAAUAAAAUGAAAGCCCCUGUUUAUGUCUAUUAUCAGCUUGACAACUUUUACCAGAACCAUCGCCGAUACGUUAAAAGUAGAAGUGACACUCAACUGAGGAGCAAGGCAGCUGAGUAUGAUGUAAGCUCAUGUAGUCCCGAAGACUAUACACCAAGCAACUUGGGUCAUCAACCAAUUGUUCCUUGUGGCCUUAUUGCAUGGAGUCUGUUCAAUGACACAUACAGGAUUUCAAACAAUAAUAAGGAUUUGGUGAUCAACAAAAAGAACAUAGCAUGGAAGAGUGACCAAAAGGCCAAGUUCGGGUCGGAUGUUUACCCAAAAAACUUUCAAGCUGGAGGUUUGAUUGGGGGUGCUAAACUUAAUCAGAGCAUACCUUUGAGUGAACAAGAGGAUCUCAUUGUUUGGAUGCGAACAGCAGCACUGCCCACUUUCAGAAAACUAUAUGGGAAGAUUGAGAAUGACCUUGAAGUUAAUGACGAAAUAACAAUGGUAAUAGAGAACAAUUAUAAUACAUACGAGUUUGGAGGAAAAAAGAGCCUGGUUCUCUCAACCACAACCUGGAUUGGUGGAAGAAAUCACUUCCUGGGAAUUGCAUACAUUUUCAUUGGGGGGAUGUCCUUGUUAUUUGCUAUAGCUUUCCUUCUUAUGUAUGUGAUGAAGCCAAGGCCUCUUGGGGAUCCAACAUAUCUGUCUUGGAACAGAAAUCCAGGAAGUUGGACCAGAAUAUUUCAUCUUAUGAAUUGAUUUAACAAUUCACUAUUUCCCAUUUAUGAAGAAAGGGAUGUCUCAAGGAGGCUUGUACCUGAGUGAUCGAGUUGAAGAACUUCAAUGUAACAUCUGAGUUUUAUACACACAUAAAUGCUAUAUAUAUUGAAUACCACAUGCAUACAUGUUGGGAAAAACUCUUCAAAAGUGACCUCUGUCUCAAAUGAAGACUAAAAGUUUUGUUGACAAACUUGAAAAACUCAUCCCAAAUGGUUUAUUAUCCUACAAACUCAAGUCCACUACUUUAGAGUUACAAGGAAUAAAAGACUCUCACAAGAGACACUUCCACA